AUGAAAUCGAGAAUCGAGGAAGAAUCAGUGGAAGGGACGCCCCCGCCAAAAAUUAAAAAGCCGAAAGGUCGGUAUAAAACGAAACCUGCUGAAGAGGAAAUUCAUCCGAUGAGCAAUGAUUUGCAACAAAAGCAGCAAAAAGAGAACCAAACGAAGAGCAAAAAUGAUCCUUUGCCAGCUGAGGCGAAAAUGUCCAAAAGUCGUAAUCCUGUAAGGAUUCAAAAAAGUCCGAUGAAAAAGACUACCGCCCAAAAAGGCCCGAAAUCGAAUGAGUUGGCAAAUGUUAGAUGCCUCGAAUGCCACGCUGUCGGAACAGUGAUGAAAACGAUCGACGGAAUCGUCCUUUUUCCGAAUAAAGUCAAGAAAACGCUGCUAGAGCUUGGAGGAGGCAUUUUGAUGCCGAAUAUAUAG